AGGACACAAGACUCUGUACAAGGAGGCCAUGAUGGAGGAGCACCAGCCUCGUAUAUCACAAGAGAAUUCCAGAAAACAUUUUAAAGGAAACUUCAUGUUACAACCAAAUUAUAAAGUAGAACGUGAAGAUAUCAUGCAGCGCUCUUCAGGAGGCAACUUUAUUGUACAUUCAGGACUUCCUAAUACAGAUCUAUCACAUAAUCGCCCUAAUCGUGAGGAACCAUCUCUUAACCAAUCACAGAUUGUUACUAGAAGUACAGGUCAGAAAGGGGGUAAAAGGUUUAAGUGUGGUAAAGAGUUUACAAAGAGAUCAAGUGUUUCUGCACAUAGAAGAAUUCACACAUUGGAGAAGCAAUAUUCAUGUUCACAAUGUAAGAAAUAUUUUACGGAUAAAUCAAGUCUUGUUAAACAUGAGAGACGUCAUAGAGGAGAGAAGCCAUAUUCAUGUUCAGAAUGUGGGAAAUGUUAUACAAAUAAAGCAUAUCUUGUUAUACAUGAAAGAAUUCACACAGGAGAGAAGCCAUAUUCAUGUUCAGAAUGUGGGAAAUGUUUUAUAGCUAAAGAACAUCUUGUUAAACAUGAGAGAAGUCACACAGGAGAGAAACCAUAUUUAUGUUUAGAAUGUGGGAAAUGCUUUACAGCAGAAUCAAGUCUUGCUGGACAUAAGAAAAUUCACACAGGAGAUAAACCGUAUUCAUGUUCAGAAUGUGAGAAAUGUUUUACAAAUAAAGCAUAUCUUGUUAGACAUGAGAGAAUUCACACAGGAGAGAAACCAUAUCCAUGUUCAGAAUGUGGCAAAUGUUUUAUAGAAAAAUCACGUCUUGUUCAACAUAAGAGAAUUCACACUGGAGAAAAGCCAUAUUCAUGUUCAGAAUGUGGUAAACGUUUUAAACAAAGAUCACAACUUGUUUACCAUGAAAAACGUCAUACAGGAGAGAAGCCAUAUUCUUGUUCAGAAUGUGGGAAAGCUUUUGUACAGAAAUCGCAUCUAGUUAGACAUGAGAGAAUUCACACAGGAGAGAAGCCAUAUUCAUGUUUAGAAUGUGGGAAAUGUUAUUCAGAUAAAUCACAUCUUGUUUUACAUCAGAGGCUUCACACAGGAGAAAAGCUAUAUUCAUGUUCAGAAUGUCAAAAAUGUUUUGCACAAAAAUCAGAACUUGCUUCCCAUAAAAGACGUCACACAGGAGAGAAGCCAUAUUCAUGUUCAGAAUGUGGGAAAUGUUUUGUAGAUAAAUCACAUCUUGUUAAACAUGAGAGACUUCACACAGGAGAGAAGCCAUAUUCAUGUUUAGAAUGUGGGAAAGACUUUGCAAUUAAAUCAAGUCGUGAUGCACAUGAGAGACUUCACACAGGAGAGAAGCCAUAUUCAUGUUCAGAAUGUGAGAAAUGUUUUGCAGAUAAAUCGAGUCUUGUUAAACAUAAGAGAAGUCAUACAGGAGAGAAGCCAUACUCAUGUUCAGAGUGUGGGAAAUCUUUUAAACAAAAAUCACAACUUGUUUCCCAUGAGAGAAUUCACACAGGGGAGAAACCAUAUUCAUGUACAGAAUGUGGUAAAUGUUUUGCAGAGAAAUCACUUCUUGUUUCACAUAAGAGAAUUCACACAGGGGAGAAACCAUAUUCAUGUUUAGAAUGCGGGAAAUGCUUUGGUCAUAAAUCAAGUCUUGUUAAACAUGAGAGAAUUCACACAGGAGAGAAGCCAUAUUCAUGUUCAGAAUGUGAGAAAUGUUUUACAGAUAAAUCAAGUCUUGUUAAACAUGAGAGAAUUCACACAGGAGAGACGCCAUAUGCAUGCUUAGAAUGUGGGAAAUGUUUUAAACAAAAAUCAGAACUUGUUUCCCAUGAGAUAUGUCACACAGGAGAGAAGCCGUAUUCAUGUUCAAAAUGUGGAAAAUGUUUUGCACAUAAAUCAAAUCUAGUUACACAUGAGAGAAUUCACACCGGAGAGAAGCCGUAUUCAUGUUCAGAAUGUGGGAAAUGUUUUGCAGAUAGAACAGGUUUUGUUAAACAUGAGAGAGUUCACACAAGAGAGAAGCCAUAUCUAUGUUCAGAAUGUGAGAAAUGUUUUACUACUAAAGCCAAACUUAAGAAGCAUCAGGCAAGUCACAAAGGAGAGAAGCAGUUUUGAUGUUUGGUAAGGAAUUUAAAUGAUAAAACUCAUUGCAUCAGAAGAAACUAUUAUUUUUUUGUAAUAACAAUUAAUUUUAACCUAGUUAUUCACAGACUGAUAAAUAACUGGCUACAUGUUAAAGUGUCCAUGCAGACAGCAAGUCUUAGAAUAGUUGCUCAACUUGCUGUCAUUUAGCUAUUUUUAGAGUUGGCUGCUUUAGGAUAGGUCAUCAAUGGGGCUGGAGUGGACUUCCGGUGGCACUCGUGGGCUAGCGUUAGCAUGGAUCUGGCAGGCUGUUCCCCUGCUAAUGUUUAUGUAAUAGUAGCCUUGGAUAUACAAA